AGAGAGAGAGAGAGAGAGAGGGAGUCACAAUUCAUCGCGGCAAAAGAGGGGCACACGUUCUUAUAAACACACUACUUGUAGCUUCUAAAAAUUGUGUUUUAAUGGAAAAUGAGCGCAACAAAAGUGGAAGAAACAAGUCCCGCCGAGAGUCCCCCCACCUAUUCAGGUGGUCUGGGAAAACGACAUCUUCAAGUUUUUCUCUUAUUUUUGGGAAUGACACUCUCUUAUGGAUUACGAGUCAGCAUGUCAGUUGGUAUUGUUGCAAUGACUGAUAAUUCAACAAUUGGUUCCAAUUUUGAGAUAUUCAAUUGGGAUUCACAGACAAAAUCAAUGGUGUUGAGCUCAUUUUUUUGGGGUUACACAAUAACGCAAAUACCAGCGGGUUAUGUGGCGGGUAUUUGGAGUGCUCAACGAUUAGUUUCAAUAGGAAUAUUUUUUUGUGGAAUAUUAACACUUUUAAUUCCAAUUGGUAGCAGUUAUGGUGGUUGGAUUGCUGCCUGUAUUUGUCGUGUGGGAAUGGGUCUUUGUCAAGGUUGUCUUUUGCCAUCGACACAAACACUUCUUGCAAAAUGGGUACCACCCAAUGAAAGGGCACGAUUAGGAACAUUUGCAUACGCAGGUGGACAAUUUGGUACAGUUAUAACAAUGCCAAUAUCAGGUGUUUUGGCCGCUUCAGCAAUAGGUUGGCCGAGUAUUUUUUAUAUUUUUGGCUCUUUGGCAAUAAUUUGGUCGAUUCUAUUUUAUUUUAUGGGUUUUGACAGUCCUGUGCUGCAUCCAAGUAUUUCGAAUGAUGAAAAAUUGUACAUUCAAGGAAGUCUUGGCGAAACAACUGAGAAAACGAAACUUGAGAAAUCUGAAACUCCAUGGAAGGAAAUAUUUACAUCGGUGCCAAUGUGGGCUUUAAUAAUUGUACACUGUGGACAAAAUUGGGGCUAUUGGAUGCUUUUAACCGAAAUGCCCACAUAUAUGAAAAAUAUUUUAAAAUUUAAUAUUGAGGAGAGUGGAAUAACUUCGGCACUGCCAUAUUUAGCAAUGUGGCUUUUAAGUUUUCCAGCAAGUUGGCUCUCGGAUUUUGCAUUAAAAAAAGGUGCAAAUGUUGCAACAACACGAAAAGUAUCAAACACCAUUGCACAUUGGGGACCGGGUUUAGCAUUAUUGGGAUUAUGUUUUGUUCCAACGGAUAUAAAAAAUAAAACUAUACCUGUAUUAAUUCUUGUCUUGUCAGUUGGACUUAAUGCUGGUUCAUUGUGUGGUUUUCAAAUAAAUCACAUUGAUUUGAGUCCAAAUUAUGCCGGAACAAUGAUGUCGAUUACAAAUUGUAUUGCAUCUGUAAUUGCAAUAAUUGCACCGUUAAUUGUUGGAAAAAUCGUCUACGAGGAGACAAAUGAACAUUUAUGGCACAUCGUAUUUUACAUAUCGGCGUUUAUUUAUUUUAUUGGCAAUUUAAUAUUUAUUAUUUUUGGAAAAGCGGAAAUUCAAUGGUGGAACGAUCCUGUUGAAGUCAAAGCAAGAAAAGCAAUGAAAAAAGGAAAACAAAACAAUCUCGAAAUGAAUGUAAAAAGUAAGAUGAUGCGUAAGCCUGGAUUUGUUUUUUUUACAAAAAACAUCCUUCUCGUCAAAAUGACGACAACAUCGAGAAGGGUUUCGUCUCGACGAAUUUCCAUUUCGGAAAGAAUGAAAACUCCACUUCACAGACCAAAAGCACUGUUUGGUUGUCGACACAUUCAGGUCCUCUUAAUGACUGGAGGAUACUUUUGUUGUUAUGUGAUAAGGGUCUCAAUGUCUGUUGCCAUUGAAGCAAUGACAGACAAGAAAUCAAAUCCAGACUUUGAGACGUUCGAUUGGAGUGAAGACGACAAAAAUGUGGUGUUGAGCUCCUUUUUUUGGGGUUAUAUUUGGACACAAAUUCCGGGUGGAUUAAUUGCACAACGAUGGGGUGCACAGAGAAUUUAUGGAAUUUGCAUGGGAAUUUGUGCACUAGUUACAUUAUUGGUACCAGUUGCCGCUUAUCACGGCAGUUGGGAAGCUGUUUGUGCAUGUCGUGUUAUAUCUGGUUUUUGUCAGGGUGUGGUGCCACCAAUUCUUCAUAAUCUUUGCGCCAAAUGGGUACCAUUUCCAGAACGGGGAACACUGACGACGUUUGUUUAUGCGGGUGGAUGGUUUGGAAACGUGUUUGCCCUACAAAGUUCUGGUGUCCUUGCAUAUUCAUUGAUGGGAUGGCCAAGUGUUUUUUACUUUUGGGGAAUUAUCACAUUGAUUUGGUCAAUUAUAUGGCUCUGUCUCGGUAGGGAUUCGCCAGCUGAGCAUCCGGCAAUACCACUCGAUGAAAAAGAAUACAUUGAAGUCAGUCUUGGUGUCAUUGAGACUACUGAGCCAAUACCAACACCAUGGAAAAGGAUUUUAUUUUCGGGACCAGUUUGGGCGAUUGUUAUUACACAAUCGUGUCAAGUUUGGGGUUUUUGGAUGCUUUUAACGAAAAUUCCAAAUUACUUGAGUUCUGUUUUCAAAUUUAAUAUUAAAGACAAUGGACUUAUAUCGUCAAUUCCAUAUCUCACCGCAUGGAUACUUAGUUUUCCAAUUAGUUUCUUUUCUGAUAUGGCAAUAAGAAGAAAUUUCUUAAGUGUUAGGGCAUCAAGAUUUUUGUGUAAUUCAGUGGGUGAAAUUUUACCAGCAAUUGCACUUGUUGCAUUAGGUUAUGUUAAUCCUGACAAUCCUAUUCUUGCAAUAAGUAUUCUUGUUAUUGCUGUUGCAACAAAUAUGUCAAUUUAUUGUGGACAUCAUCUCAAUCAUAUGGAUUUAAGUCCUAAUUUUGCUGGUUCAUUGAUGGGUUGUACAAAUGCUGUUGCUAAUGUUUGCAGUAUUCUUGCACCACUUGUUGCCGGUUGGAUUGUCAAAGAGAAGGAAAACGUUAGCCAAUGGCGCAGUGUUUUCUCAUUAACGGCAGGAAUUUAUAUAUUGGGAGCUGCGGCUUUUCUUCUUUUUGGAUCGACAAAAGUACAAAAAUGGAAUGAUCCCAAUGUGACUAGUCGUAAAGACAGUAGAAUUUAUGGGAUUCCCGAGGCGCCAUCUUGCAUUGAAUUGGCGGACAAAUUGGAGAAAGAAAAAAAUGCCAAACGAGAAGGAAUUCGAUGAUAUUUUCUUUUUUUUUUGUUAAUUUUCUUGUAUAUUUUCCCCCCUCCGCCCCUAAAAAAAAUCUAUAUUUGCAAUUGCUUUGCGUAUUUGCAAACCUUUUAACAAGAGAUUAUAAAAAAAAACAACUAUUUUUGUCAUUAGCACAAAAAUGACAAAAGAACAAGGUGACGCGUUUGUAUAGUUAUAAAUUAAGUUUUAUAAUUAAAAAAAAAAGAAUUUUAUAUAAAAAUAAUUUCUGAGUAAAAACAAAAAAGUUAUUAUUGAUUAAAAUUUAUUUUUUUAAGGAGCAAAAGAUUUUUUCUAACUGACAUAAAUAAUUUCCUUUUGUAAUGAAAAAAUACACAUUUUAUUGAUUUAAAAUUUUCAAAUUUACAGUUGAAUUUUUUAAAUUAAAAUUUUUUUUGUUACCUACAAAAUCGAAUAUUAUUUAUACACAUAUAUUUGCAAUCAAAAUUUUUCAAAAUGAGAAUAUAUUUCCAUUUAUUAUUCCAACAUUUUGUAAAAUCAUGAAACUAAUGACAAUACUGUGAGCGAGAUAUCAGAAUGAUCAGAAGUAUAUAUGUAUUAUAUUUAUUUAUUUCUAAGUACCGAUAUAUCUGUCGACAAUUUUUUUUUAUCUUGUACAUAUUUUUCCUAUCGUAAGACCACGAAGAUAAUCACUUCACUUGAUAUAAAUGUUAGUAUUAGCAAAUAUUAAGAAUUCUUCUAUACAUAAAAAAUAAAUGUAAUAAAAAAAAAUUAAUUCGUUUUAGUCUUUUCUCUCACGUCCAGUACAUUCACCUUGUACAGUGUCCACAAAACGUAAAAUAACCCACAGGCAAAUAUAAUAUUUGUCACCCAGGUGACAAUUGGCAGCAUUAAAGUGUCACCAACAGGUACAUACCAAAUAAAAUCAUCUGGAUGC